GCAUCUUAUCUUCUGCUUCAAUUUGAAUGCAGUCACCAGUGGAUUCAUCAGAAAAUGUUGGUCCUGUUUUAUUUCCUGCUGAUGCUCAGAGUGGGGCGCUGCACCGACGAUCAUAACUUUGUCACACAGACUGUUGGUGUCGGACAAAAUGUGACUCUCACAUGCACUCGCCAGAGAUCUUCGAAUGAACGAUCACCUUUGCACUGGAUCAGACUUGUUUCUGGAAAAUCUCCUGAACUCUUGGGAGGGACACAUACUCUUUAUUAUGAUGGUGUCAGUAAGACUCCUCACAUUACAGCAAAACAAGGGCCUGGAACAUUUAUUCUGCAAAUUCAUGAAACUCAGCUAAGUGAUACCGGUUUUUACUACUGUAUAAAAGUCAACCGGUUCGACUUGGAAUUUAUGAACGCAACGUUCCUGAGAAUCACAGGACCAGAACCAGAUAUCAUUGACAUCAUUCAAGUUCCUCCAUCUGAUCCAGAACAUCCAGGAGACUCAGUGUCUCUGCAGUGUUCAGUUCUCUCUAACUCUGAGAAGAAAACAUGUCCAGAACAACAAGACAGGAUGUUCUGGUUCAGAACUGGAUCAGAUGAAUCUCAUCCCAGAUUAAUUUAUGCUGAUGGAAACAAUCAAGAUGAAUGUGAGACGAAUCCUGAGGCUCAGUCUCCUCAGAAAUGUAUCUACAGCUUCUCUAAAACCGUCACCUCCUCUGAUGCUGGGACUUAUUACUGUGCUGUGGCCACAUGUGGACAGAUAUUAUUUGGAAAUGGAACAAAACUGGACAAUGAAGCACUCAACAUGCGAGAUUUGAAGCCAGACAAUACAGCUCUCUUUCUGGUGUCUGCUGCUUUGGCUACAAGCCUGGUUGUUAUAGCCUUUCUCAUUUAUUUCAUCAAGACAAAAACUUGUGAUUUCUGCAACGAUGCUGCAGCAGCCAGUGGUCAUCAGGAAAGACCACAGAGAAAUGAGGACUCGUUGGUUUAUUCUGCACCAACCUUCAACAAGAGAAAAGCUGAGAGAAGAAAUGCAAAAACAUCUCAAGAAGAGACGAUCUACGCUGAUGUCAACACUUCUGCAAGAAAUUAACAACACACUGAAUUUGCAAAUUUGUGGUAAUGUUCCUUUUUUUCUCUGAUGCAGUGUGAGAAAGCUUCAGCCACACUGGGGCUUGUAUUUCAGUUCUGAACAAGUAAGAG